AUGAAAUUCGAUGACUUGAUAGUCAACUACUUGGGUGAAUUCGGUCGCUAUCAAAAGGUGCAAUUCUUGUUAGUAUGUCUGCCAACACUUUUCACCGCCUUCCACGCGCUUUCAUGGACCUUUUCUGGUGCUAAUAUUCCACACAGGCACGUUUUGGCACUUUUUUUUAUUUUGGGAGUUUGCACGGUGCAAAAAUUUUUAGAAUUUUGUAUUGUGUUAGUGAUUUGCUAUGGAUUUUUAUUCUUUUUUUUAAUUUUGUAUGACUUUUUGUAAUUUAAGUUAGUUUUUAAGUUUAAAAAGCUUUGUUAUUGUUUAUAUUUUGAGUUCUGGGUUAUAUUUUGUUUUAUCUCGAAGUUUUUUUUAAUAAUUUAUAUUGUUGUAGGUGUGCUUUCACCGGAGAAACAAAAACCUCACAGUUCUGGCUGCCUACCACAGAUUCUCGUAUCAAUAUUCAGAAAUGUGAUCUCACUGAACAUCCAGAAUGGACGAGAUGUCCAUACGAAGCCUGUACAUACAAUAAUGACACCAAAUGUGCCAAUGGCUUUGUAUAUGACAACUCGGAAAUUAAGUUUGGUGCAAUGCAGAGGGUAAGACCUCAUAUUUCUUAUAAUAUCUUGUUUAUUAUAUCUAUUUUUAACCAUAUUAACAUCCAAAUAUUACAGUGGGACAUUGUAUGCGACCGGUCGGUACUGAAGGCAGUGAUCCAGUCCAUGUACUAUGUUGGGCAGAUGGCCGGUUCUUUGGUAUUCGGUUUCCUGGGGGAUAGAAUCGGAAGAAAGAAGGUGUUUUUCAUCGCUAUCAAUGUACUGAUUAUCAGUGGAAUUGGCAUGGUACUAGCUCCACAUUGGAUUAUGUUCUCAUUCUUCAGAAUCGCCGUCGGAUUCGCUCAUCCAGGUAGGGUAAUAUGGGUUUUUUAAGGAAAUAAGUUGCAGUUACGGGACUUAAAGAUCAUCGUAUGAUAAGGUACUUUGUAACUUUUUGGAUAUAAUUUUGUAGGUAUAGGUAAACAAGUUUUUGUAUGGUAUAUUAGAAUAGAAACCGACAGAAUUAAAUUUGGCUUAUAUGGCUAAAGGACAUCGAUAUCUUAAAAAGUUUUCAGUAAAUGUUAGUAUUAUAGGUAUCUUCGUGAUCGCCGUAGUAAUAGGAAUGGAGCUUGUGGGUCCAUCGAAACGAAAGAUUGCCUCAAUCUUCACCGGCAUCUUCUUUGCUUUAGGCCAAAUGUUCCUCGGAAUAAUGGCCUACUACCUGAGAGACUACCAACACCUUCAACUAGCCAUAUCAGCCCCAGCCAUCGUAUUCAUCAGCUACUGGUGGCUCAUCCCAGAAUCCGCCAGAUGGCUGGUUUCCCAAAAACGGUUCGAAGAUGCGGACAAAGUCAUCAGAAAAGCGGCACGAUGGAACAAAACCACCGUUCCGGAGAAGUGGUGGGAAGAACUGGAGACCGAAGGUACCACCAGUACCAAAGAGGGACCACAAAAGAAGCACAACUUUGUGGAUCUGGUCAGAACACCUAAACUGAGGAGAAUAUCCAUAUCAAUCAUGUUGUGUUGGCCUAUUGUGUCAAUGGUCUACUACGGAGUGUCCAUGAAUACCAACUUCUUGGGUGGUAAUCUUUAUACUACAUUCAUUUUUGGUGCCUUGAUCGAAAUCCCAUCAGUGCUGGCUGUGUUCGUGCUGAUCGACAAGAUUGGCAGAAGGCCUUUGCUUUCAGGAGGAUUUACCAUUGCCUCUUUAUGUAUGAUCUCUAAUUUAUUGGCUGGAUCCAAUGGUAAGUUAUUUUUGAAUAAUAUAAUAGGUAAUCUGUUGGUUACAGUACCCGGAAAACGGUAUAAAGCUAGAUACUAAAAGUCGAUAUAAACACCCUUUAAUAAAACAACCCCUCCCUUUCUCAAUACCUCAUUUCAGCCCACUGGUUUGUCUCCAUGGCCCAAUUCCUAAUCGCAAAAGGUGCCAUAACGGCCACCUAUGCCUCUAUCUACACCUUCACCCCCGAACUGUUCCCCACAGUGAUCAGGAACACGGCGAUGGGAAUGUGCUCGAUGAUGGCUCGUGUUGGUGCCAUUCUGGCCUCAUACAUCUCCAUGUGGCUGGUGGAUCAGUUCGGCAAGGUCGCCAUGAUUGUCCCAUUCGCUAGUCUGGGACUGGUAGCGGCCGCCAUUGUACUGACACUGCCGGAAACGGCCGGAAAAGAACUUCCAGAGACGAUCGAACAACUCGAAGGUCAUAUCAAGGCUCACGAACUUCAACCUUUGAACGCCAACAAGACGGAAUAG